AAACGGCAGAGCUCAGCCCCGACGCAGGCAGCAAGGUCCCCAGGAGUGGGCAGCUCAGUCGCUGCCCGCAGGCUGCCCAUCACCCCUAACACAUUUCGGGGGCUUGCUGCUGUCCCACACCGCUGGCGGUCCCCUCUCCCGGGGUCCUGCCCAAGGGAUGGGGCUCUCCCCCCCCCAUCGCCUCUCACCCCUAAAGAAGAUGAGCAGCGAGGAGCGGGGUGGAGGCAGAUCCCGCGCUCCAGGACUGCUCCUGCCUUGCACCCUGCCAUGCUCAGACCCGUGUGGCCGCAGGCUUCCCCCCAUGGCGGGGCUGGAGCGGGAGGAGGAGCGAGGAGGCUGGUCCUGGCGGCGGGGAGAGCAGAGCGCAGAGAAGGAGGAAGAACGCGGCCACCGCCGCGGUGCCGAGCGAGCGGCACGGGGCACCGAGCGGGUGGGCCCGGCCGGUGCAGCCGAGGAGUGGGGGCACCGGGGUGGGUGCUGCCUGACCCCACGCUGCCGCCCCGACGGGCAGCGUGAGGCAGGCAGGGCUGCCAGCACGCCCCGCGGGAGGAAGCCCAGAGCAGCCGGUGCAGCAUCGCGGCUCUGCUCCUGCUUGGCUGCACCCCGCAAGCUCAGCUCGCUGCCCCCAGCACCCCGCAAGAGCCGCAGGAGCCCCACACCGUGUCAACGAGGGACGGCUGGAGCCCCCUGCGAUGAUGAGCGUCCGGACCCCCAGCCUCCCCCCGCCGCCCGCCCGGUCCUGCUCCUGCCACACUGCCUGGCCACGGGGCACCCUGUCCCCAUGAGCAUCGCCUCGGCAGCUGCCCAUCACCCGCUGGGACCUCCAGCUGCCGGCUCGUUCGGGUACCAGGGGGCUGGUCCCCCCGCACCACCCCCACCUUCGCCUUCCCCAGCGGACCCCGCGGGCCAAGCGAUGGCCAGCAUCCGCCACUGACCCCCGAUGCGCGGCUGGGACGGGGACCCAGUGCAGCCAGUGUCCUGCUGUUUCAGAGGAUGGCGGCAGCAAGCUGGUACCACCGGGACAUCAGCCGGGUGGUGGCGGAGGAGCUGCUGGCCAAGGCCGGGCGGGACGGCUGUUUCCUGGUGCGGGACAGCGAGUCGGUCUCGGGGGCAUAUGCCCUCUGCCUCCUGUUCCAGAGGCAUGUCCACACCUAUCGCAUCCUCCCUGAUGACGAGGGGCUGCUCUCUGUCCAGACCAUCCAGGGCAUCCAGGCCAAGUGCUUCCGCACCCUCCCCGACCUGAUCGGCGCCUACCAGCAGCCCAACAACGGGCUGGUGACACCCCUGCUCUACCCUGUGCACCGGCCGAGGCAGGCGGCCGACGAGGACUCGGAUGGGGAGGACGGCCGAGGCAGCGGACACGUGGCGAGCACGGUGCCGGCCGGAGGAGCCGGGGUGGGCGCGUGGCUCAGCACUCCCAUCGCCAGCCGGACCCACAUCUCGCAGCAGCUGCACCAGAGGCUGCAGGAGCAGGUCCACAGCAGCCCAGCCAGUGACUUUAUGGGCUUCAUGGCCGAGUACCUGAACCACCACCUGCAGCUGGACCUGGAGGCGCUGCGCCACGGGCACCCGCAGCUGCGCCAUCUCAGCACCGCGCUCGUGACCGCCUGCCGGGCGCUGCACAGUGAGAUCGACUUCACGCUGGCGGGUCUGGAGACACUGGCCAGGGUGUUCGACCCCCCCAUGUCCCCUCGCAGCCCGGCCAGGGAGCAGGGUCUCCUGACCAGCGAUCCAGACCUUGAGCUGCUCCUCAACAAGAUUUCUACUGUCAACCAUCUCCUUUCUUCGCUGGAGAAGAAGGUGCUGAAGUCGCUGCAGGAGACGGUGUCGAGGCACAACCUGGCGCUGCCCAGCGUGGCGGCAGCCCCCCCGCCGGCCGCCAAGCCCCUGGCCGUGCAGAGCUUCGAGGUGAAGGUGGGCAAGUCGCAGCGGGUGACCCUGACGGUGGACGUGGAGUCGGGCACGGUGGCCAUCACCAAGCGAGGCAGCGGGUCCCCCGAGGAGACUAUCCCACAGGACAAAAUCCUGCAGCUGAUCAAAUACCAGAGCGUGCAGAGCAAGGUGAGGCUGGUGUACGACCGGGAGCCGCAGAGGAGCCUGAGCAGAGACUUCAUCUUCCCCAGUGCGCGGAAGCGAGAGGCCUUUUGCCAGCUGCUGCAGCUGAUGAAGAUCCAGCACUCCAACCUGGAUGAGCCUGACCUCAUCUCGGUGUACGUCGGGACGUGGAACAUGGGCAGCACGCCGCCGCCCCGCUCCAUCGCCUCCUGGCUGACCUCGAGGGGCUUGGGGCGCACGCAGGACGAGACCACCGCCUGCAUCCCCCAUGACAUCUACGUUAUCGGCACUCAGGAGAACUCCCUGGGUGACCGCGAGUGGGUCGAAUUCCUCCGCGCAUCCCUGAAGACCCUGAUGGCCAUCGACUACCGAGUGGUUGCCCUGCAAUGCCUCUGGAGCAUCAAGAUCGUAGUGCUGGUGAAGCCUGAGCACGAGCGGCGCAUCAGCCAUGUCCACACCUCCAGCGUGAAAACCGGGAUCGCCAACACGCUGGGGAACAAGGGAGCUGUGGGCGUCUCCUUCCUCUUCAACGGGACCUCCCUCGGCUUCGUCAACUGCCACCUGGCCUCCGGCAGUGAGAAGACCCACAGGCGUAACCAGAACUACAGCGACAUCCUGCGCUCCCUGGUUCUGGGUGACAAGCGGCUCAGCGCCUUCGACCUCACCCUGCGCUUCACCCACCUCUUCUGGUUCGGGGACCUCAACUACCGCCUGGACAUGGACGUGCAGGACAUCCUUGCCCAUAUAACCAAGAAGGAGUUUGAAACCCUCCUGGCUGUCGACCAGCUCAACCUGGAGCGGGAGAAGAACAAGGUGUUCCUGCGAUUCAGUGAGGGUGACAUCUCCUUCCCCCCCACGUACCGGUACGAGCGGGGCUCCCGGGACAGCUACAUGUGGCAGAAGUUCAAGCCCACGGGGAUGAGGAUCAACGUCCCCUCCUGGUGUGACCGCAUCCUGUGGAAGUCACACCCGGAGACCCACGUGGUCUGUAACUCCUAUGGCUGCACCGACGACAUCGUCACCAGCGACCACUCGCCCGUCUUCGCCACCUUCGAGGUGGGAGUGACAUCGCAGUUUGUGCCCAAGAAGGCUCCAGGAUCCGGCCCCGAGCCCCUGGCCUGCAUCGAGUGGGAGAGCAUCGAGGUGAUCGUGAAAACUGCCAGCCGCACCAAGUGCUACAUCGAGUUUCACUCCUACUGCCUGGAGGAGGCCCAGCGGAGCGGGGAGAACACCUCCCAGAGCUGCGACAUCCCCGGCUUCCUCAAGUUGGGCUGGUCCGCAAAGCACCUGCCCGUGCUGAACCCCAUCCUGCCAGACCUGGAGUACCUGGGGGACCAGCACCUCCUCCUCAGCAUUAAGGGCGUGGAGAGCUGCGAGUCCUUCGGCGAGUGCUGCAUCGCCAUGAGGUCAAUGAUCGGCAGCAUGGCUCAGCAGUUCGAGACCUUCCUCUUCCACCGUGGCGAGGAGACAGGCUCCAUGCGCGGCUGGAUGAAGGUCCGUGUCCCCAAGGACAGGCGCAGCACCCGCGAGAGGCUCUACGAGUGGAUCAGCUUCGAGGAAGAGGAUGCCAAGCCGGCAGCAGACACCCCGACGUGCCCCAAGCCACCCCUGCAGCCACUCAGGAGCCGACCCCGCAGCCUCCCGGAGCCGGCUGCCAGCUACACCAACCCAGCCUACUUCAUCUUCGAGGGGGUCCCCAACGCGUGGGUGCCAGCCCCUGGCGCUGGCGAAGCACACGACAAGCAGGUGGAGAGCCCGGCCGGGGGCCAGCGGCACCGCAGCCCCCUUGGAGCACGGGUCCCUUCGCCCUCAGAGGAGGAGCGGUGGGGCGGCUGGCCCCGCUGCGUGCCAGGGGACCCAUCCUGUGGGCGCCUGCUCAGCCCCCCCAGCAUGGGUCGGCAGAGGAGACCCAGAUCGGCCAUCCUGGCGAGGGACGCACCGGGGCUGGGCGACUGCUCGCUGACAGCGCUGCACAUGGCCACCUGCCUGAGCCAGCUGGACUGGGCGGCCCCCAAGCGCGGAGGGGACAGCCAGAAGACCCUGCUGUGCCAGACCCGCAGCGUCCUGGAGCCACCUCCGCGGCCCUGCCGGGAGGUGCAGAGGUGCACGCCGGAUGCUCGCCAGCACGGCCACCCUGGAGAGUGGCCCUGCGACAGGGGCGAGUGGUCCCACAGCGUCGGUGGAUGCCUGGGCCACCUCAGCUUGCAUCAGGAUGCGGAAGGGCUGCAGGAGCAGGGCUGGGACCACCUGGAGAUCUUCAGGGACGUCAUGGAGCGGGACCUGCUGGAGGCCAGGGUGCUCAGCCCGACCCAUCCCUGGCUCGUCCACAGCAAGCUCGGCGAGGACACCACAGUGAGCCUGCCACAGAGACCCGACCUCGGGCCCAGCGCCUAGAGCACCUAUCCCUGCCCCAGCACCCGUGUGUUCUUUCCUCUGUGGAGGUGCUGGGGCAGGCAGAGAGCUGCCGAGGAGGACCAGGCAGGCAGGCACCCAGGGCUGGACCUAUUGGCCGUGCUCCCAACUUGUCUGGCCUCACCAGCAAGCAACUCGGAAAGUCUCAGGAAGCUCCUGUGGUGGACGCUUUCCAGGUCUCGCUGCCUGUCUCCAUCCUCCCUCCCCAAAGCGAUGGAAGAACCAUGCUGAGCCCCACCAGCAAGGAAGGACGGGGGCCAUGGGAGAUGUUGAGGCCACUUGGGAAGUGGGGACCGCUGGGUGCUUUGGACCUUGAGGCUCAGCCUCUCCAGGUGGCCGAGUUGCAGCCUGCAAGGGCACAGCAGCAUCUGUGGCCAGCCCAGCCCCGCACACCCUUGUGCCUUCGGCCUCAGCAGCUGUUUCCUCCUCCCUGGGCUCAGCCCUGGUCGGUUGGCGUUCCCAGAGCACUUCUCCAGCAGCCACUCCUGAGGCUGCGGCGCCGGUUCCUUACGAGAUGCCGUUUGCUAUCCUCGUCCAGAAUAAAGUCUCAGGGACACUGGG